AUGGGUGCGUGCCUGGGCAAGCCGCUAGCGGAUGGCGAUCAACAAGGAGGGCGGAGAAAACACAAGGGCCGACACAAAAAUGCCGCACCGGAAGAGCCGGAGGAGUUAGUCUUCGCAAAUGAGAAGCCGCCGGAGAAAGGCGCCGCGGAGGCGCAACCUCAACAGCGGAACGGCGAAAUUGCUGAAGGAUCGAACGCGGGAGGGGGGGAAGCAACCGGGGGAGGAAAUGGCGCGGGGAGCGCGUUCGGGGCGGGCGGUGGGGGAAGGGCGGGGCUGAGCCCGUUCGAGGAUCCGCGGAACAAGGUGUUCGAGUCGCCCGCAAUGUCGGUAAUGGGCACUCCCGCCAUCCACCUGUCCAAUUUCUCCCCCGCGCCCGCCACCUUCGACGGGCUCGCGGGGAGCAUUCUGCAGCAGGCGGCGGAAAAGGCGCGCGUGAGCCGGCUGCGCGACGACGAGCGCGGCAAGCAGAUGGACGCGGCGGAGGGCGCCGCGGGGGCGGGGAACCAGAUCCCCGUGGGCGUGGUGGUUGGCGGAGGGGGCGGCGGAGGGUUCGGCGCAGCGGCGGGCGCAGGGAGCGCGGGGGCGGGGAGCAGCGGAGGAUCGGGGGAGGGGCAUGAGGGAAAGGAGCUGAAUAAGAAAUUCGGGUAUGCGCGGAACAUUAACGCCAAGUACGAGUUGGAGCACGAGGUGGGGCGCGGGCACUUCGGGCACACGUGCGCGGCGACGGGGAAGAGGGGCGAGGUGAAGGGCGUGCAGUGCGCCAUCAAAGUCAUUCCCAAGGCCAAUAUGACGACGGUGAUAGCGGUGGAGGACGUGAAGAGGGAGGUGCGGCUGAUGCGCGCGCUGGGCCCGCAGGAGUUCGCCGUGCGAUUCUUUGACGCCUACGAGGACCAACUCAACGUGUACAUAGCCAUGGAGUUGUGUGAGGGCGGCGAGCUGCUAGAGCGCCUGCUGCAACGGGGAGGCAAGUACCCGGAGCACGAGGCGAGGGAGGUGAUGCGGCAGAUCCUCAACAUCAUUGCCUUCCUGCACCAGCAGGGCGUCGUGCACCGCGACUUAAAGCCCGAGAACUUCCUGUUCAAGUCACGAGACGAGGGCUCAGCACUGCGAGCCAUCGACUUCGGCCUCUCCGACUUCGUGCGGCCGGACCAGAAGCUCAACGACAUCGUAGGCUCGGCGUACUACAUCGCCCCGGAGGUGCUCCACCGAGCCUACGGCACCGAAGCUGACGUGUGGUCCGUGGGAGUCAUAGCCUACAUUCUUCUCUCCGGGUCCCGGCCCUUCUGGGCGCGCACGGAGUCGGGCAUUUUCCGUGCCGUGCUGCGGCUGGAGCCGAACCUGAUUGACGCGCCGUGGCCCGCGGUGUCGCAUGCCGGAAGGGACUUUGUGCACCGCCUGCUCACUAAGGACUACCGCCGCCGCCCCACUGCCGCCCAGGCGCUGACGCACCCGUGGAUCCGCAGCAGCAGUGCGCGCAUCCCGUUGGACAUCGCCGUGUACAAGAGCCUGCGCGCCUUCUUCUCCUUCUCUCCUCUCCGCCGCGCCGGGCUCAAGGCGUUGGUGCCGACGCUGACGGAGGACGAGUUGGUGUAUCUGAGGGCGCAGUUUGGGUACAUGGACGUGGACGGGGAUGGGCUCAUUGACUUCAACGACCUCAAAAACGCGAUGCAGCGCGUGGCAACAGACGCGAUGCGCGAGUCGCACACCAUCGACCUGCUCAAGACGCUAGAGCCAGCGCGCAUAUCUCGAAUGCCCUUCACGGACUUCUGUGCGGCGGCGCUCAACGUGUUUCAGCUGGAGGCGCUGCCCAACUGGCCCGAGCGGGCGCGCGUGGCGUACCAGACGUUCGUGAGAGGAGGCAAGGCGCAUGUGACCAUUGACGAGCUCGUCAAGGAGUUGGGCCAAGUGGAGUCGAUGGCCAACGCGGCCCUGCUGGACGAGUGGACCAACUUCGACGGCACCGUCAGCUUCCUGGGCUUCACGCGCCUGGUGCACGGCCCCUCGCGCGCGCGCAAGCAGCGCCACGUGCGCGCCAAGCCCAAGCCCUCCGUGUCCCCCACGUCGUCGGGGAGAGUGAAGCACCCCCCGGGGGGCUCUGAGAUGAAACCCAUCCCGGAGGAUGGCGGGGAGGGGAAGGCAGCACAGGGUAGUGGGGCGAUGGGGCAGGGGCAGGCAGGAGUGCAUCAGCAGCAGCAGCAGCAGCAAGGGCAGCAACAGCCGGUUCAAUACCAAGCCCAGCAGCAGCAACUGCAACAAGAGCAGGUGCAGGCGGAUCUGCAUUCUUUCAAACCCUACCAGCAGCAGCAGGCGGUGCCACCGCAGGCGAGUGGGGAGGCAGCGGGAUUGGAUGCCACAGCAGCAGUGGCAGGGCUGGGAAUCCCCAUGUUCCAGUCCUACUCGCAGCAGCCGCAGCAGCCGCAGCAGCAGCAGCCGCAGCAGCAGCAGCCGCAGCAGCAGCAGCAGCAGCAGCAGCAGCAGCAGCAGCAGCAGCAGCAGCAGCAGCACAUGGGGGCAUUGGGGGAAGGGGGAAGGUCGAGGGGGAGUGCUUCUGGGGGGAACAGAUUAGGGGCGAGCCGACUAGGGGGGAGCGGGUCAAGGGGAGACGCGAUGAGUGGGGGUACGGGAGGGAGUGCGAGUGAAGGGAUGGAUGCGCAAAGAGCAGUGGGGGUGUAUGGAGGGGGGGUUGUGGGGAGUAGCAAUGGGGAGGGCGAAUCGGCGGUGCGGCAAGCGAAGGGUGCGGGAUCGAUUCCAGACGGCAUCAUGUCGGCAGAAGAAGCGGUGGCGGCGGGAGGGCUGUGA